GGGGUGUUACCAUUUGGUGGUCAAUUGUACGGAAUAUGUGCUGAACUGUGCAAUCUACUAAUAAAUGUUUCAAUCAAUCAAAAAAAGUGAUUUGAAGUAAAGAUAGAUUAAGUAAGAAAACACAUUUCAUGAGUAUAUGUUUAAAAUAUAAUGAGGGACACUGGUGUGUAUAAAUACAAGAAAGGUUUGACUCAUAAUACAUAUAUUAAUAUAGUACUAGUAGUGAUGUGCGAUACCACUGAUUUUCUUUCCAAUCUGAUACGGAGUAAAAUUUGCGUGAAUAUACCUAGAUAGAUAGAUAGUACUUUAUUUACCUAAUGUGUCUGGUAAAAUUUAAAAAAAUUGUCUAUUUCAAAUAUCGCCAAAUUAUCUUCAAACAAUAUAAAAAAGUGAUGGAGUUAUCUUUUUGACAUUCAACUCUGUAAGUGUCUCCAAAUAGUCUUUGAUAAAAGGGGACAUACACUUGCUGUUUUAGAAUACUAAGUGACUUUGUUUGGAUGACAGUUUGCAAUGCCUGUUUAAUUGGAAUUACUAAGUAUAAAUUAAUGACACCUAAAUUAGGAAUUAUUUAAGAAAUGUUACCUAUAUACUUUAUUAUACAUAUAUAUAUAUAUAUAUAUAUGUAUAUGUGUAUAUAUAUAUAUAUAUAUAUAUACACACAUAUGUAUAUAAUUAUAUAUAAAACACACAUAUGUAUAUAAUUAUAUAUAAAACACACAUAUGUAUAUAAUUAUAUAUAAAACACACAUAUGUAUACAUAUGUAUAUAAUUAUAUAUAAAACACAUAUGUAUACAUAUAUUCACAUAUAUACUUUUAAAUACACACACACACACAUAUAUAUAUAUAUAUAUAUAUAUAUAUAUAUAUAUAUAUAUAUAUAUACAGCAGGCUUCACGGUGGCAGAGGGGUUAGUGCGGCUGCCUCACAAUACGAAGCUCCUGCAGUUCCGGGUUCAAAUCCAGGCUCGGGAUCUUUCUGUGUGGAGUUUGCAUGUUCUCCCCGUGAAUGCGUGGUUUCCCUCCGGGUACUCCGGCUUCCUCCCACCUCCAAAGACAUGCACCUGGGGAUAGGUUGAUUGGCAACACUAAAGUUGGCCCUAGUGUGUGAAUGUGAGUGUGAAUGUUGUCUGUCUAUCUGUGUUGGCCCUGCGAUGUCCAGGGUGUACCCCGCCUUCUGCCCGAUUGUAGCUGAGAUAGGCGCCAGCGCCCCCCGCGACCCCAAAAGGGAUUAAGCGGUAGAAAAUGGAUGGAUGGAUAUAUACAGCACAGGCCAAAAGUUUGGACACAUCUCUUCAAUCAAUGUGUUUGCUUUAUUUUCAUGACUAUUUACAUUGUAGAUUGUCACUGAAGCCAUCAAAACUAUGAAUGAACACGUGGAGUUUUGUACUCGACAAAAAAAAGGGGAAAUAUCUGAAAACAUGUUUUAUAUUCUAGUUUCUUCAACAUAGCCACCCUUUGCUCUGAUUACUUUUUCGCACACUCAUGGCAUUCACUUUUUUUUUUCCUGAAGGAAUCAAUAAAGUUCUAUCUAUCUAUAUAUCUAUCUAUCUGUCAUCUAUCUAUCUAUCCAUCCAUCCAUCUAUCCAUCUAUAUCUAUCCAUCUACUACAGUAUCCAUCUAUCCAUCUAUCUAUCUAUCUAUCCAUCUAUCUAUCCAUCCAUCUAUCCAUUUAUAUCUAUCUAUCUAUCUAUCUAUCUAUCUAUCCAUCUAUCUAUCUAUCCAUCCAACUAUCCAUCUAUCUAUCUAUCUAUCUAUCUAUCUAUCCAUCUAUCCAUCCAACUAUCCAUCUAUAUCUAUCCAUCUACUACAGUAUCUAUCCAUCCAUCUAUCUAUCCAUCCAUCUAUCCAUUUAUAUCUAUCCAUCCAUCCAUCCAUCUAUCUAUCCAUCCAACUAUCUAUCUAUCCAUCCAUCUAUUCUCUCGAUGAGCUUCAAGAUGUAGUCACCUGAAAUGGUUUUCACUUCACAGGCAUGCUUGAAGCUCAUGGACAGAAUGCCGAGAGUGUACAAAGCAGUAAUCAGACCAAAUGGUGGCAAUUUUCAAGAAACUAGACUAUAAAACAUGUUUUCAGUUAUUUCACCUUUGUUUUGUUUAGUACAUAACUCCACAUGUGGUCAUUCAUGCUGUAGCGUCCAGAAGAAGUGCACACAAAGUCUGACGCUCUUUUUUUAAACUUUUAUUGAGCCAACUAUCUAACACAGCUCAACUUAUCUUCUUCCCUUCACAUGCACGUACAUACUCAUUUCUCUUUUCUGCAACAACAACACUUUCUCCUUCUUCACCAAUCACCUUCAGGCAUGCAACGUCCAUAACAAUAGGAUUUCUGAAUAUCACUCCUCCAAAACACAUCACAUCAGCAGCUCGUUACAAUACUUUUCAUGCCUUCACAGAGUCAUGAAAACAAAGAAAACACAUUGAAUGAGGAUGAGGUGUGCCCAAACUGUACAUAUAUACAUAUAUAUAUAUAUAUAUAUAUAUAUAUAUAUAUAUUUUUUUAUAUUUGUACCCUGCCUUCCGCCCAAAUGCAGCUGAGAUAGGCUCCAGUGACCCCAAACGGGACAAGCGGUAGAAAAUGGAUGGAUGGGAGAUCUCAACGAUUUAGUUACUUUACACUUUGUUCCUGUUAAUGAUAUACAUGAUCUGAAAUAACUUAUCAAUAUGGCAUUUGUUAUAAUAAAACAGUGAGGCAAACAAAGUUAAGACAUUGUAAUGAUAUUAAGAAAUAAUUAAGUAAAACUAACGUUGGACCUCAUUUAAUUCCUUUGACUUUGUGUCACAAAGACCUCAAUAAUACCAUUUAGAAUUACAUCAAUUAGUGCAAAUCAACAACAAAACACAGAUACGUUUGUGAAAAUAAACCUAAACAAGAAAAUAAAAAUAUCGAUUUUAUCACACUCUAGUAUCGACUUUCAUACUGAUACUGCUCUUUCACUAUUGAUACCGAUGGACGUGUCCGCAGCUGUAACUCUCAUUAAAUUGAUAACUUGUCAGUUAGUUGCCAACACCACCAAUUUUAACGUCUAAUUGUAAUUAAGUGUUUCAAGAAUGGCGCAAUUAAACAGCGUUAAUCUUGACUAGUAUCGACUCUCAUACUGAUACUGCUAUUUCACCAUUGAUACCGAUAGACGUGUCGGCAGCCGUAUCAUUAAAUGUUUAACUUGUCAGUUUAGUUGCUCACGUCGCCUUUUUUAACGUCUAAUUGUAAUUUAUUGUUUCAAGAAUGGCGCAAUUAAACAGUGUUAAUCUUGACACAUUCGUAGAGGAGUUUGGCGUCGUCGAACAGAAAAUGACAGCGUUAAACAGCAGAAAGGAGCUGCUGGAGACCAAGUUGGAAGAUGCCAACAAACUCCUCAACUUCUAUGAGAGCAAGGAGAAAAGUGUGAACGAAGAAAGAGACACGCUGUUUGUCACUGUGAACACGCUGCAGCAGACUCUGCAAGAGCAGUGCAACCUCAGAGUGGAGAAUGAGCUGUUGAAAAGAAAUGCGGCCGACCUAAGAAAAAAGAUUGAAAGAACAGCAGAGGAAGGGGAGGCUGAGAACCAACGACUGCUCAGUGAAAUAAAAGUACAGAGACAGAGCCACAAGAGGGAGCUAGAGUCUGUCAUGGAACAGUGCAGGAGGCAGGUGGAGGAUGCCCACACAGAAGCUUCCAAUCAGUUGAAAGCUAAAGAGGCCGAAGUGAAGACGUUACUGGAGCAAAAAGCCAUGGAUCUGGAGGAGAUGAAAACGACAUUCAAAGACCAGGAGAAAAAACACCAAAGCGAGCUGUUGAAGUUGCAAAUGGAGUUUGGUGCGAAGUUGGGCAGAAUUCAGAAUACAGCUCAGUGGAGCCAGCAGCAGCAGCAGAAACAACAUGACUUCAACAACACUGCAAAUAAUUUCUUCAAGAGGAAGCUACAGUUCAUUCAGGAAGAGAAGACCAAGCAGAUUGAGGCCCUGCGUCAGAGAAUCAAAGAGCUGGAAGACAACCAGCAAGGUGGCAACGCCAACGACAGCCGUUUGAAGAAAAGAAGGACCUAGUUUGUUUUAAAGCUGAUAGCACUAAGAGGCUGCUGACCAGCUUCAAGUAUACAAGUAUUUAUCCUGUCUUUCCGUUCCCAAGGUGACAAUAUUUUCAGGUGUGUAGCUUCAUUUAACAGGACAAUCAACUACCACGAGGCUCAUGUGCUUUCUCAAGUGAAUUUGCAGUUUCACCGACAUGCUGACAUGUGACAGUGUACUGACAUCACACUUAAACACAGGUUGUAUUUCUGUCUAAGGCUUUAAUCCAAUCAGACAGUUACAUCGGGUUCACAAGAGCAGUUUCAAUAGUGUGCGUCUUCUUUAAACUCCUAUUUACAACAUAAGUUAUUUUACUGCAACAUAUUUCAUGUUUUACUUAAUAGUUGAAUAUAAUUAAACUGAUUUUGAUAUUUUGGCAGAA